GGAUGGUGGCACAUGCCUGCUGUCACAUCACUCCCGAGCGGACGGUCACAGAUUCACUAGUACGGAUCUCCGAACGGCCCAGAUUGCAGUUUCGUCGCAGCUAUUUCGGACUCGCUCUCUCAGCUCCAGCUUGGUCGGGACCCCCCUUUAUAAGAGAGGGAAAGGAGCACACAGCUUUCCUUUUUUCUCUCGCUUAUGUACUACUAUGAGUUUCUUCUUUCAAUUUCACUCUGACUGUUAAAUCUCAGUCGAUAGUGAUAGGGCCUAUCGUUCGUUCAACGGCCAGUGAUUCUGUUUCCUUUAUUUCUUUCUUUCUUAGCUGAGCUCUCUCUUUCAUGGCUGCGGUCUCGAGCGACGUGCUCUGUUGUUUGUUUAUGAGUAGUGGAGUGACGGAUCCUUUCCUUUUGGGGUUCCAAUUUGCGUGAAAUUACGGAAAUGCCUCUCUCUUCUCUUCUCUGAAAUCUUUAGCUUUAAUUCUCGUGGUACUGUGCAGAGAUCGCCAUCUGUGAGUAUGGCAUGAAUUGGUAAAUAGAAGCAGAGCAAUGGCUUGAGGUAGCAUAGUGACGCUUGUUGUUGUACUCCUUAACUUUAGAGUUCUCUCUCUCUCUUUUUUUUUUUUUUUUUCAUUUUUUUUUUUUUUUUGUAAACUAGUUUUUGGUAGGUAUGAGUGAGGGUUAGGGUUAUACACAUCUCCCUCUGUAAUUACAAAAAAAAAAAAAAGAAGGGUAAAAAACAAAACAAAAAAAAAGACAAAGGAAAAGCUUUGAUAUGAAGCUGUCAACAUCGGGUUUGAGUCGGUUGGAUCAUGAAGGAGGAGGAGAGAAGAAGUGCCUAAAUUCGGAGCUAUGGCAUGCAUGUGCUGGACCACUGGUGUCCCUACCAACGCCGGGGACUCGUGUUGUCUACUUUCCUCAGGGUCAUAGCGAGCAGGUUGCUGCCACUACUAACAAAGAAGUUGAUGGGCACAUCCCCAAUUACCCGAGCUUGUCUCCCCAGUUGGUUUGUCAACUCCACAAUGUCACAAUGCAUGCAGAUGUGGAAACGGAUGAAGUAUAUGCUCAAAUGACAUUGCAGCCUUUGACGCCGGACGAGCAAAAGGAUACAUUUCUCCCUAUGGAAUUGGGGAUUCCAAGCAAGCAGCCCACCAAUUAUUUUUGCAAGACAUUGACAGCGAGUGAUACUAGUACCCAUGGAGGUUUCUCUGUUCCUCGUCGUGCGGCUGAGAAAGUUUUCCCUCCAUUGGAUUUCUCACAGCAGCCACCAGCUCAGGAACUUAUCGCAAAGGAUCUCCAUGAUGUCGAGUGGAAGUUUAGGCAUAUUUUUCGAGGACAGCCGAAACGGCAUCUUCUUACUACAGGCUGGAGUGUGUUUGUUAGUGCCAAAAGACUUGUUGCAGGGGAUUCUGUUCUCUUUAUCUGGAAUGAGAAAAAUCAGCUUCUUUUGGGAAUUCGGCGUGCCAUUCGACCGCAAACUGUGAUGCCGUCGUCUGUUUUAUCGAGUGAUAGCAUGCACAUUGGACUCCUAGCUGCUGCUGCUCAUGCUGCAGCAACCAAUAGCUGUUUUACUGUUUUCUAUAACCCGAGGUGGCUCACGGUUCUCAAAGUCUCUCUCUCUCUUUCUUUUUUUUUUGUUGGUCUUUUCCUCUGUAAUGCUCGCUGCUUUGCCUUUUCAAUUAUGUGCAGGGCUUGUCCGUCUGAGUUUGUUGUGCCCCUUUCAAAAUAUGGUAAAGCAAUAUAUCACACACGUGUAUCAGUUGGGAUGCGAUUCCGGAUGCUUUUUGAGACUGAAGAAUCAAGUGUCAGAAGGUACAUGGGCACGAUAACUGGAAUAAGUGAUCUGGAUCCUGUUCGUUGGCCAAGUUCUAAUUGGCGAUCUGUUAAGGUUGGUUGGGACGAGUCAACAGCAGGUGAGAGGCAGCCAAGGGUAUCUUUGUGGGAAAUUGAACCCUUAACAACUUUUCCCAUGUAUCCGUCGUUGUUUCCCCUCAGACUAAAACGCCCUUGGCAUCCUGGGGUCUCAUCUUUGCUUGAUAACAGGGACGAAGGAGCUAAUGGGUUGAUGUGGGUAAGGGGGGGAACCGGAGAGCAUGGUCUGCACUCCCUUAAUUUUCAAGGAAUGGGUUUGUUCCCCUGGAUGCAGCAGAGAAUGGACCCAACACUGAUUGGAAAUGAUCAUAAUCAGCAGUACCAAGCCAUGCUGGCUGCUGGAAUGCAGAACCUAGGAAGUGGAGAUCUCCUACGACAACAAAUUAUGCAAUUUCAGCAGCCCUUCCAGUAUAUUCAACAGCGAGAGAGCCAUACUUCACUCUUGCAGCAGCAGCAGCAGCAACAGCAACAAGCAAUUAACCAAGCCGUCCCUCAUAACAUCCUGCAGGCACAAACCCAAGUUUUAACACAGAACAUGCCCCAGCACCUUAUACAGCAACCACUUAACAACCAACAAGAGGAACAGGCACGGCAACAGCAACAGCAACAUGCCUAUCAGAAUAUGCUUCAUAGUAGAAGCGAUCAGCUGCAUCAGGGACUGCAGUCAAAUGUGCCUUCUUUUGCUAAAGCAGACUUCAUGGACCCAAGCACAAAGUUCUCAGGUUCUAUCAGCCCUAGACAGAAUAUGGUCAGUUCAUUUUGUCCUGAAGGGGGUGGCAACUUUUUGAACUUCUCCAGAGUUGGUCAGUCUAUGCUAGCUGAGCCGUUACCCCAACAAUCCUGGGCUUCUAAGUACACACAUUCACAGGUCAAUGCUUUUGCCAACUCAAUGUCACACUCAACAUAUCCUGGGAAAGAUGUUACUGAAGAGCCAGAAAAUUGUAAUUCUGAUUCCCAGAAUCCUACUCUUUUUGGUGUUACUAUUGACUCUUCUGGACUUCUACUCCCUGCCACAGUUCCUACUUUUGCUACUUCAGUUGAUGCCGAUGUGUCCUCAAUGCCAUUAGGGGAUUCUGGAUUUCAGAAUUCUUUGUAUGGUUCUGUGCAAGACUCUGAGUUGUUGCGGAGUGCUGGGCAGGUAGACCCACCAACCCAAUCUCGGACUUUUGUCAAGGUUUAUAAAUCAGGGUCCGUUGGGCGUUCACUAGACAUCUCCCGGUUCAGCAGCUAUAAUGAGCUGCGAGAGGAACUGGCUCAGAUGUUUGGAAUUGAGGGGAAGUUAGAAGACCCUCGUAGAUCAGGCUGGCAGCUUGUAUUUGUUGACAGGGAGAAUGAUGUGCUUCUCCUUGGAGACGACCCAUGGGAGGCGUUUGUCAAUAAUGUUUGGUAUAUCAAGAUACUUUCACCGGAGGAUGUUCAUAAAAUGGGAGAGCAAGCAGUUGAAUCCUUCAGCCCACAUGCAGCUCAAAGGCUGAAUAGCAGUGGCGGUGAAGCUCAAGACCUUGUCUCGGGGCUACCAUCUCUUGGCAUGCUCGAGUACUGAGAGGUUCAAUUGGAAUUUGGAAAGCAGCAAUUGACACGCUCCCAGAUAUUGCUUCAAGAUUCACUGGCGAGAUAAAAUCCAAAAUAUUAGAUCUACUAGUUUUGGUGUGUAACACCUUAAUUCGCCUUAAUUUCUCUCAUAAAUUUACCGCACGACCUCUUUUUCUAAAGACUCUUAGUAGUAUAAUGGGUUUGACUUUUAUGGAGAAAAAGUAUACAAGUUAACAAUUUAGAUAUAAAAAUCAGAAUGAUUGAAUUUGACACUUGCCACCACAUUGAA